AUGACAAAUUUGUUUAUUAUAGAUGAAAUGUAUACUAGUGGGUUUAAAACAGGUAUGUUGGAUAUUGUAUCUUUAUUUAUUAUAUUAUGUGGUGUAUUAAUUAUAAUAAGUAAAAAUCCUAUAGUUUCUGUACUAUUUUUAAUUGGAUUAUUUGGAGGUGUAGCCUCAUAUUUAAUUUUAUUAGGUUUAAAUUUUAUAGGGUUUUCUUACUUAAUUGUUUAUAUUGGAGCAGUGUCUAUAUUAUUUUUAUUUAUAUUAAUGUUAAUUAAUAUAAGAAUUAGUGAAUUACAAAGUAACACUAAAAAUAGUAUACCUUUAGCUUUAUUUAUAACAAUUUUCUUUAAUUAUUCACUUUUCCAAGUAUUACCUUACGAUUUAGCAAUAUUAAAUAAUAAUAAUAAUUAUAUAAACAAUAUAUUAUAUUAUAUAUCUUUAAAUAAACAAGAAACUAUUAAUGAUAGUAAGUUAUUAAAUACUAAUAAUGAUUUAUAUUUUGCUACAAGUAAUAGCUGAGAUGGUAAUUUAAUAGAAACAAGUCAUAUUUCUAGUAUAGGAAAUAUUUUAUAUACUACUAAUAAUAUGUGAUUAAUCUUAGUUAGUUUAAUUUUAUUAUUAGCUAUGGUAGGUGCGAUAAUAAUAACUAUUAAAUCUAAUAGAAAUUCUUUAUAG